AUGCAGGCCAAGAAGCGGUACCUGCUCGUGUCUGUGGGGGCCGGUCUUCUCUUCCUCGUCCACCUGUGGGGUCUGCAGAUCGGGGAGUUCCAGCAGCAGCCGUACCAGGACCAGCAGUUUCCCCAGUACCCCCAGUACCACCAGCAGCAGGAGUACCAGUACGAGUACUACUACCGCCAGAGCCAGGACGCGUACCGGCCGCAGCCGCCGCCCCAGCGGAGCCCGUCCAGGCCGCCCCGGCACUGGCCCGAGCCCACCCGGCUGCUGGAGCCGUACCUGGAGGGAGGCGAGCAGGAGGAGGACAGCCCUCAGCUCCAGCACCAGCACACCUCGCCUCGGGAGCGGCGGGCCAUCCGCGACAACAUCUACAAGAACCGGCGCUGCCGCAUGGAGACCUGCUUCGACUUCUCCCGCUGCCAGUACGGCUUCCGGAUCUACAUCUACCCGCCGCAGCGGGGCGACGAGAUCUCCGAGACCUACCAGAAGAUCCUGACCUCCAUCGAGGAGUCCCGCUUCCACACCGCCGACGCCUCGCGCGCCUGCCUGUUCGUCCUGGCCGUGGACACGCUGGACCGGGACCAGCUCUCCGCCCAGUACGUGCAGAACGUGCGGUCCCGCAUCCAGAGCCUGCCCACGUGGAACGACGGCAGGAACCACCUCAUCUUCAACCUGUACUCCGGCACCUGGCCGGACUACACGGAGGACCUGGGCUUCGAGGUGGGCCAGGCCAUGCUGGCCAAGGCCAGCGCCGACACGGUCAACUUCCGGCCCGGCUUCGACGUGUCCAUCCCGCUCUUCUCCAGGGACCACCCGCUGAAGGGGGCCGGCGGCGGCUACCUGACGCUCAACGACGCGCCGCCGUCCAGGAAGUACCUGCUGGUCUUCAAAGGGAAGCGGUACCUCACCGGCAUCGGCUCGGAGACCCGGAACGCUCUGUAUCACAUCCACAACGGCGACGACGUGGUCCUGCUGACCACCUGCAAACACGGCAAGGACUGGGAGAAGCACAAGGACUCGCGCUGCGACCGCGACAACCGAGACUACUCAAAGUUCGACUACCAGGAGCUGCUUCAUAACUCCAGCUUCUGCCUGGUGCCACGGGGCCGGCGUCUUGGAUCCUUUCGCUUCCUGGAGGCCCUGCAGGCCGCCUGUAUUCCAGUCAUCCUGAGCAACGGCUGGGAGCUUCCGUUUUCCGAGGUGAUCGACUGGAGGAAGGCGGCCAUCGUCGGAGAUGAGAGACUGCUGCUGCAGGUUCCCUCCAUCACCCGGUCGGUGGGCCGCGACAGGAUCCUGGCGCUGCGCCAGCAGACGCAGUUCCUGUGGGACGCCUACUUCUCCUCUGUAGCCAAAAUCGUCUCCACCACGCUGGAGAUCAUCCAGGACCGCGUUGAGGCCCACAUAUCCAGGAGCCGGCUGCUGUGGAACUCCCUGCCCGGCGGCCUCUACGCCCUCCCGCAGUACUCCACCGACCCCGCGCAGUUCCCUUUCUACUAUGCCAUACUGGGUAAAAGCCCGGCGCAGCAGUUCACAGCUGUGAUCCAUACAGUCACUCCUCUGCAGGCUCAGAUCUCCCCCGUGGUGAAGCUCAUCAUCGCAGUAGCCAAGUCCAAGUUCUGUGCACAGAUUGUGGUUUUGUGGAACUGCGACAAACCUUUACCUCCCAGAAGCAAGUGGCCCUCCACCAGCGUGCCUCUCACUGUCAUCCAGGGACAGACCAAGACGAUGAGCAGUCGUUUUUACCCCCACGACGCCAUCCAGACCGACGGCGUCCUGAGCCUGGACGAAGACUCCGUCCUCUCCACCAAUGAGGUGGAUUUCGCCUUCACUGUGUGGCGGAGCUUCCCGGAGCGGAUCGUGGGCUACCCGGCUCGGAGCCACUACUGGGACGGCUCCAGGUCCCGCUGGGGCUACACGUCCAAGUGGACCAACGACUACUCCAUGGUCCUGACGGGAGCCGCUUUCUACCACAGAUACUACCACUUCCUGUUCACGCGCUGGGUCCCGGCCGGCCUGCGGGCCUCGGUGGACCGCAUGGCCAACUGCGAGGACAUCCUCAUGAACUUCCUGGUGGCGGCCGUCACCAAGCAGCCGCCCAUCAAGGUGACGCAGAAGAAGCAGUACAAGGAGACCAUGAUGGUCCAGGGCUCCAAGGCGUCCCGCUGGGCCGACCCGGACCACUUCGCCCAGCGCCAGAGCUGCAUGAACGCCUUCGCCCGCUGGCUGGGCUUCAUGCCGCUGCUGCACUCCCAGAUGAGGCUGGACCCGGUCCUGUUCCGGGACCAGGUGUCCAUGCUGAGGAAGAAGUACCGGGACAUCGAGAGGCUGUGA